UCUGUCUCAAACUGAUUGCUCAUUUCAAAUGACAAAUGUUUUGUUUGGAGGGAUUUCACUUUCCAGUGGCUUGCACCACAGACCGGACGAUAAAGAGGUGUCAGCUGUUGGUGCGGCUUGUGCUUUUCUACAUGUUAGUUUAAACACCUUACCUCUGGAGGGAAUCAUGACCAUACUAGCUUAUAGAACGGAACUUGUUCCGGUGCUUUGGAAUUUUAUGAAACGGUGCCAUGAAAACCAGAAAUGGCAGUCAGUGUCUGAGCAGUUGGCAUAUCUGCUGCCCGGAGAUGCACCUGGCUGGCUAUUAGCUUUGGCUGUAUUCUGUCCUGUGUACAAGCACAUGCUUACAGUAGUUGAUAAUGAGGAGUUCUAUGAGCAGGAGAAGCCACUAUCAUUGAAGGAUAUCAGAUACCUAGUUAUCAUACUCAGACAGGCCCUAUGGCAACUUCUUUGGGUGAAUCCUACGGCUCCCAGUAAUUCUUCGAAACCUGUCACAACCACCUCUUCUAAGAAGCACCCUGUGGAGUUGAUUCAACAUAGAGUUAGCAUUGUAGCUUCUGAACUCCUCUCCCAGUUGCAAGAUUGGAACAAUAGACGAGAAUUCACAUCCCCCAGUGACUUUCAUGCUGAUGGUGUCAAUGAGUUCUUUAUUACACAGUCACAGUUGGCAGCAGCUAGACAAAGACAUGAGUCUAAUUCUGUAUUUACCAGAAACCGAUUCAGAAUACGGAGGGAUCGUAUCUUGGAAGAUGCUUAUGACCAAAUGAGUGCGCUGUCUGAAGAUGAUCUUCGGGGACCGAUUCGUGUAACGUUUGUAAAUGAAUUUGGGGUUGAGGAGGGUGGAAUUGAUGGUGGCGGGAUUUUCAAAGACUUCAUGGAGAACAUUACUCGGGCAGCCUUUGAUGUUCAGCAUGGAUUGUUUAAGGUUAGAAAGUUUUCUUUCAUUCAUGCUGUUGUUUUUUGA